AGGACAAAAUCCAAAAACAAUUUGCACAUUAAUGUUCUGGGUACAGAAAGUGGACUUAGGGGAUAGAGAGAGAACGAGAAAGUAGAUAAUCAGAGGGUAGACAUCAAAAUUCACGAGUGCAAGGCGUUGAAUUGAUCGAACGUUCGAAUUGUGCAACUAUUCGUUCAUUUCGCAAAUCAGAGAAUGAAGGCACCAUGACAAUUCUCAUUCCUGACCAUCACUAUGUCACAAGCUGAUGUCUCUUACUGUUGUGGCUCAUGUGGAUACCCUCUGAAUUUGACAUCAUCAAAUAGAAUCACAUCUAACAUUGCAUCUGAAUAUACAAAAUCUGUUAAAAAAGGAUCAAUCUCUUUUGCUUCAGUUGAUCUCAGCCGAUUUACACAGGUUGAUGAUAUAACUUGUUUCCCUGACUUCUGGUUUUAUCGUUCCAAGACUAAACUGCUUUGUCGUAAAUGUGGAGUUCAUGUUGGUUAUGGCUAUAGUGGAGAAUCAGCUGCUAUCUGUGGAUUUGAGUCUCCUACUUCAUCUAACUCUCAGAGAAAAUUCACCAUAAAGAUUCGGUCAUUACAGCCUUCUUUAGAAGAGUCUUGAAAAGGUUGACAUGGGAGAUCUUUCUACAAAUGAUGGUACCUCCAUCAUGCACCUUCCAGAUGAUUGCCUUGCUAUUAUUUUACACGGUUUAGAUUGUCGCACUGAUCGUGAAUCAUUUGGUCUUACUUGUCGCCGAUGGCUCCAUGUUCAAAAUUUCAACAGUCGAUCACUACAAUUUGAGUGUUCACUCGCUAUAUUCAAUCCUUCAUUUUAUUCACAGGAUUCUGACAUUCACACAUUCCGUCUCCAUAGGUUGCUGAGGAGAUUUCAACACUUAGAAUCUUUAUCCCUGUCCAAUUGCACAGGGCUGCAUGAUUCAGGAUUGACCCGCUUGCUAAGUUUUGGCUCAAGUUUGCGAAAACUUAAUCUGGAUUGUUGUUUGAAAGUAACUGAUUAUGGGCUAUCCCUGGUUGCUACUGGUUGUCCCUCAUUGAUAUCAAUUAGUCUUUAUCGGUGUGUUCGUGUUACAGAUAAAGGAUUAGAAUCAUUAGCCAAUGCUUGCUUUUAUAUGAAAUGUGUAAACCUUUCCUACUGCAUACAAAUAUCUGACAAAGGGUUAGAAGCUCUCACACAAGGUUGUCGCCAGCUUCAGGAAGUUAACAUAUCACACUGUGCGGGUGUAAGCGGUGUUGGCUUUGAAGGGUGUUCAAAAACUCUGGCAUGUAUAGAGGCUGAGUCAUGUAAGCUUAAUCUAGAAGGGGUCAUGGGAAUUGUUAGUGGUGGAGGACUAGAAUAUCUAGAUGUUUCCUGUUUAAUUUGGUCUCCUUUGGGCGAUCCCUUGCAUGGAAUAGGUUUUUCUUCAUGCCUCAAAAUCCUUAACUUUCGGCUCUGCAGAACUGUUACUAAUACUACUAUUGGGAUAAUUGCCAAGGGAUGUCCACUACUGGAAGAAUGGAACUUAGCCUUGUGUCAUGAAGUGGGAAUAUCUGGAUGGCAGGCAGUGGGAUUACACUGCAAGAACUUGAAGAGGUUGCAUGUUAAUCGCUGCCGCAAUCUAUGUGACAAUGGCUUACAGGCUUUGAGGGAAGGGUGCAGAAAUCUCUCCAUUUUAUAUUUGAAUGGCUGUUUUCGCUUGUCAUCUGUUGCAUUAGAGUUAUUCAAGAGUCACAGAGCUGAUGUUUGCAUAAAUGAAACAGAGAUAAUGUGUAUAAAGCCAUACUUGGAAUUCUGAUGAAUGAUGCUGGCUGAUACAAAUUUAUUAAUAUCCAGACAAAGUUUUAAUACAUUUUUUGCCAAUAUAUUUGUUUGUAUACAUAUUUCAGAACCUCUAGUUGCUUUGUUUAUAUUGCUAAUGAUAUAUUUAUGUCAUAAACAUUAAUUAUAUAUUUACGAUUAUUGAAUUCGAUG